AUGUCUGCCGGUCAUAGAGAAAUUCGAUACGUCAAUGCUUCUUCAAAUAUCGGCCUCAUGAAAUUCGGCAAGCUCACUGACCAAGCGGUCGUCAAUAUCUUUAUGAUGUUUUAUCCAAGUUUCCUCCUGCCGUUCGACAGUGUCACUGUCUUGUUCAAGGACAGCCCUGGCUUUCGAAGUCUGUGUCGCGAUAUGGAUAGACCUACCCCAAAGGCCGUCUCCUCCGGACUUCUCGCUAUGGACGAGCUAUUUCGAACGAUCAACAACGCGAAGAACCAUGAUCAGUAUCGGCCUGCCCCCAGAUUUAAGUAUCUUCCGUUUCACCAACAGCCGGUCCGCGCAUCACCGAAUGGACUAUUGGGAGAUUUGUUUUUCCCGCUAUGUGGGAAUGGUUGGGUCGAUGUUGACUGUGCUGAACUGCCAAAGACAAAGCGCACCGGCAUUGCUUAUGGCGUCCGCAAACCCGAGAAUCAAGACGCAACGGUCUUUUUCUAUCCUUACAGUGUGUGCGAUAGGCAGAUCUAUGCUAGCAGCAUGCAAGAUCAUCAAUAUCAGUACACAGAAAAUUACAGAAUUUACAGUGAGCAUGGCAUCAUGAACAAUCACAACUGGGCUUUGACUAACCCGGGAGAAAUAGAAAUCGCUCCCCGUACUUUCAAUAAGCGCUACAUCACUGAACCACCAGCCGAACCAUGCAAAGCUGUUCGUCUCUGCAGUGCUUCUUAG